AUUAAGACGAGCAAUGUGCAAAGAUGUAUCAGUCGGCGAAGGAACUGCUACAACCAGCAACCUGGUAUCCAAAGCCAAAUGCGCCCAAACAUGAACAGAAUCGCGCUGCUUUCUCUGGUGUCCUUGGCCGCGGCCGCGCCGGUGAUCGUGAACCAGGAUCAGAACUACAACCACCCUCAGCUGUACGGAGGUUUCUAUCCGAUAGAAAGGUCCGAUCAGGAUCAUGGCUCGUCAGGGGGUGGAAGUUACGGAGGUGGCGAUUACGGUGGCAGCUAUGGCGGUGGUGGAAGCUAUAGCAGCAACGACUAUGGUGGCGGAGAUAGUUACAGCAGUGGUGCUAGCUACGGAGGCGGUUACGGAGGCGACUUGGGAGGUCAAGGUGGAUACGAAGCGUCUUCGGGAGGUCACGGCGGUUUCGAGGCAUCUUCGGGAGGUUACGGUGGCUACGAAGCAUCUUCUGGAGGUGGCUUCGAUGCAUCCUCUGGAGGACACGGUGGCUUCGAAGGAUCCUCUGGACACUUAGGGUCUGGUGAUUACUCCUCCCUCGGCGGUGGAUACGAAGGUGGUGGCGAUGGUGGCGUUUCUCUGGACGGAGGACAUCACAGUGUCCAGAGUGUCCCUGUAUCCGAGCACGUCGAGGUUACAAAGCCUGUGCCCGUCAAAGUCGUCAAGCAUAUCGGGGUACCAGUUCCUCAGUACUACAAAAUAGCUGUGCCUCACCCGAUACCAGUGGGUAUCCCUCAGCAGUAUCCCGUGGCUCAACCAGUGUCGAGGCCAGUGCCUGUGCAAAUCGUGAAGACUGUGGUGGUGCCUGUCGAAAAGAAGGUACCGUUCCCCGUGGAGAAGCACAUCCCCGUGCCCGUGGAGAAGCCAAUCCCCAUCACGAUCGAGAAGCACGUGCCAGUGCCUGUCAUCAAACCGUAUCCGAUCAAGAUCCCCGUCUACAAAACGAUAUACCAUCACGCGAAGAAGCAUUAGAUUUAACGAUUCAUCGGAGAACGUUCGACUUGACCAUUGCCGAAACGAUCGCAGAGAUGUCCACCGCCAUUGCUCGAGGUUCGCUUUCUGACUGAACAGCCAGCCCUGAUGGAACUGCGGUGGAAGCACACAGAAGCCUCUGCAUUCAUAGCUUCACUUG